GGGUUGCUGGAUUAAAGUUUCUUAAAAGGAAAGACAGUGAAGCUGGAGAAACAGGUAGAGCACUGGAGGAAUUAAGAGGUUCUUUAUACAAUAAUGACUUACGGACAUCAGAAGCUGCCAAACGCCAACAGCAGCGCUUUUGUGGCCCUGCUAUGGCCAUGUCCUUCAAUUUCAUGGUUGCUGUUGGGAUUAUUCUUGUCAAUAAAUUGGUGAUGGGGAAAGUGGGAUUCAAUUACCCAAUAUUCCUAACACUAAUACACUACACAGUAUCAUGGAUUUUGAUGGCUUUGUUCAAAGCAUUAUCAUGGCUUCCAGCUUCACCUCCUUCUAAAUCAACGCCUUUCUCUUCUCUUUUCUCUUUGGGUAUUGUUAUGGCUCUUUCCAAUGGUCUUGCUAACACUAGUCUUCUAUAUAACAGUGUUGGUUUUUACCAAAUGGCUAAGAUUGCUGUAACUCCAACCAUUGUUCUUACAGAAUUCAUAUUUUUGAGGAAGACCAUUUCUUACAAUAAGGUCAUAGCAUUGGCCAUAGUAUCAGUAGGUGUAGCAGUUGCAACAGUGAAAGAUCUCGAGUUCAAUACAUUUGGUGCUUGUGUUGCGGUUGCUUGGAUUGUUCCCAGUGCAGUGAACAAAAUUCUAUGGUCAAAUCUGCAACAGCAAAGCAACUGGACUGCUCUAGCAUUGAUGUGGAAGACAACUCCUGUAACAAUUUUCUUCUUAUUAGCUUUAAUGCCUUGGCUCGAUCCACCGGGUGUUUUGUCCUUCCAAUGGACUGUUAGGAACUCAUCUGCAGUUAUGGUGUCUGCUGUUCUUGGUUUUCUUUUACAGUGGUCUGGAGCUUUAGCUCUUGGGGCAACAUCAGCAACAGCUCACGUUGUUUUGGGACAAUUCAAGACCUGUAUAAUUUUGCUAGGAGGGUACCUAAUGUUCAAUUCAGAUCCAGGACCAAUGAGUCUUUGUGGUGCAGUUACAGCAUUGGGUGGUAUGUCAGUUUAUACGUCACUUAGUUUGAAUGAAUCCUCUGAAAGUGUAACGAAGCAGAAUCCAACCCAAAAUCAGCCCGUAAAAGCUAAAACAGACGUUGAAGACGACGAGGAGAAUGGUAGUGUGAUGAGCAUCUCAAGUACUGAAUAAUGAGGCAAUAGAGAGGGAAAGGAUUGCUAUUUGUUGUACAGAACUAAGAAUAUAGGAUUCCUAGUUUAUUAGACUAGUCAGUUUUUCAAUUUUUAUUGCUACUGAAUUUGCACAAUUUGGUCAUUGAAGGUUAAUUUCAUUCACCCCUUGCAAAUCAGCUGAAACAAUUAUUUCCUUUUGAUCAAAACUAGUUCUUUCGUUCUUUAAGAGAUUGGACCAUCACAAUUGACAUAAGUAUUAAGAAAUUAGUAGUAUUAACAAGUAAAUUGUGUGGGUAUGAAUUAAAAAAGUGGUAUCUGAAAUAAAAAUGUUGCAAG